AGGGCGAGGGAAGGGUUGAUACAUGCUUUUCCCUUUUCCUUUUCCUUUUUCUUCUUUACCUUCUUCUUUCUUUCCCCGAUAUCGUUAUCUGGAAAAGACCUCGUUAGAAUUAAAUCCCCAUCGCCCUGCGCGUGUUCUGCAGAGCGGGACGCGGUGGCUGAGUGCGCACUGGAGCUGCGCAAGAUCGGCGACAAGGCGGACCUACAGCAGAAAGUCCUGAACCUCAUCGCGAAACUUUUCUGCCCCAAGAAACCGCGCCCGCGGUGCUGAAAAAAAAAAAAAGAGGGGAAAUUUCGGCUUUGCAGAUCUGGAACGAGAGAUUUCACUUACACUGGGAGACAGAGAAAGCUCUUUGACUUGUGUUUUGCUACCUGGAGCCACCGAAGGAUGGCUGUCGCUACGUGAUUCCUUUGGGAAGUGUUACAGCAUUAUUAUGCUUUAUGGAUGCCAAGUGGGAAAAAGUGAUGAGCGCAGCCCCUCGUUGCGCUGCAGGGGGAUCGUGGUGCACGUUGGGACUUGUCCUUCUCGGGGCUGGUGAACCCUGUGAGAACCCUGCUUCCCUUGUUGCCUUCACAUCCCACGUCCCACCAGGAGCUGUGGACAGAAGGUUCCGAAGCAGAGAAAGAACUAAGGGUUGUGGAACGUGGGCACAAAUCACGAAGUGAAAGCUGGUGUUGAGGUUCGGACUGCUCUUAUCUUCUACAGCUUGGAUUCUGCUGGACGGGGAAGUGGUGGUGCUGGGGAUAUCUCAUUUGUUCAUUAAAACCACUGCCUUAAUUUAAAGGUUAUUUGUUGUAGCAAGUGGCUUUGGGGAUAAAAA